AUGAAUCAAUCAAACACGGUUGGAACACCGAAUAAUCAAUCAAAUGGUACUGCAAAUGGGCCUAACCAAGGUAUCGGAAAUCCAAAUCAGCCAAUGCAAGCGGGUAAUCGAAUCUCCAAUCCUCAGCAACAACAACAUGGCCAACAACAAGGCCAACGGCCACCUCAACAAUUCAAUUUGCAGAAUAUACCGCCACAGCAAUUGGCACAGCUAGUUCAGGCAAUGAAAAAUGACUUUGAAAUUGCCAAAAAAGCCACUGAUGAGCUGGUGAAGCAGCAUCACUUGACACGAGCUGAAAAUAUCAGGCGAUUACUUGCUCGAUAUCAAGCACAAAAGAAUCGGUUGCAACAACAAGCUCAGCAGCAAGCUCAACAACAACAACAACAAACACAAACACAAGCACCUCCACAUCAACAACAACAACAACAACAACAACAACAACCACCUCCACAUCAACAACAACAGCAACCUCAUCCGCAAGCACAAGCACAACCACAACCACAACCGGGUAUGGGUGCCCAGAACAUGUUCGGAAACAAUGCAUUAUCUCAACAGAACCUUCGUAACAACAAUGCAAUCAACGCUAGGAAUGAUAACAGAGCACAACAAACCCCACAGAAUGCUCCGAAUAUUGCGUAUGCUAAUAGUCCUAACAACACGAGCAACAAUAUGAGCAACAUCAAUAACAACUCUGCAUUCCUGUCUCCGGCUUUUGGCCAGAGCCAGAUUCCUGUAGCAACUGCAAUAAAGCAAAACCAACCCGGCCAAAAGCAAACUCCUCGCAUGUCGCCAUCAAAGCAACAGCUAGAAGAACAAGGUAAGCAGAAACUUCAGCAACAAGCGAACAACACUAGUAGUCAGGGUCAAUAUAACAAUUUGUUGAAAAGCAUGAGUUCUAGUACAUCAAGUGGUGCAGGAAGCGGUACGGCAGCUGGAGUCAAUAUACCUUCCAAUACAAUCUCGAUGGAACGAUUUAAUCAAAUAAGGCAAAAAUUGACUGAGAUUCAGAGGAAAAUUCAAUUACUUGAACAAAGUAAAAAAGCCGGUAAUGCAACUCAAGAGCAAAUAUCGAUUAUCGAUAGAGAGUUGGCGGAGUAUAGGACCAAGUUUCAACAGUUUCAAAAAAUUGGAAUUUAUAUUAGAAAUCAAUUAGUUCAGCAAGCUAAGCAGCAGCAACAGCAGCAGCAGCAACAGAAACAGCAACAGCAACAGCAACAACAACAACAACAACAACAACAACAACAACAACAACAACAACAACAACAACAACAACAACAACAACAACAACAACAACAACAACAACAACAACAACAACAACAACAACAACAACAACAACAACAACAACAACAACAACAACAGCAGCAGCAGCAGCAACAUUUACCUCCCCAAACACAAUCCUCCGUUCAAAAUCAACUGCUUCAACCUAAUAUACAGCCGGCCAACAAUAAUGUCCAACAGAGACAUCCUCAACCGCAGAAGCAACAGCAAAACCAAGCGUUUAAUCAUCCUCCGUCGCAGCCAUCUUUCCUGCCACAACUUCCACAAGGGCAAGCGAUACAACAAGGGUUUCCACAACAAAACAACCUAAUGCCACAGAGUCAAGGCUCCUCCCAAGUUCAAGGUCAAGUCCAAGGUCAAGUAAGACUCCCGCAGGUUCCUAUUUCACAGCAGCAAUCCCCACAAAUGCGUCAGUCACCAUACCCAGCUCAAACUGCUGGUACGCCACAUGCGCAAGGAAGGCUGAGCUAUUCACCACAAGUCCAAAAUCAAAAUAUGAAUCAGAAUCAGAACCAGAACCAACAGUUUCUUCCACUUUCUCAGAAUAAGCAGCCACAACAACAACUUUAUGGUAAUAAUAUUGGCCAAACCCCACCUAUACCAAUGCUGAACCAGUCUGCGCCUGCGGGAAGAUCAUUUGCCCCACAACCUACACAAAUUCCACCGACCUCGGGUCCAAUAGGGGAUCCUCAAUUGAGCAAUAACAAUAACAACAGCAACAAUAACAACAACCAUAAUAUCAAUAAUAAUCUUCCAAACAACAACAACAACUAUCCUAUAUCAUCCCACGCAUCGCAUCAAUCACUUCCUUCAAGAGUCCCGAGUAGACAGGCUACGCAAACACCGCAGACCCAAGUGCAGAUGCACCAACAGCAUUUGGCUAGUAGACAAGGAUCCGCAACUUCUGAAAAGGUUCGUUCGACAGGUGUGGCUCCACCAUCAAAUGCAUCUACUUCUGGAACACCGAAUGCCACUAAUGCGGGAGGUGGCAGCGGUAGUGGUAAUGCUGGUCCACCAACUUCAGCAUCUGCCAGUGGCAGAGCUGGAUCGCCAAGUGCAGAGCCACGUGCGACCCCCCAACGAUCCAAAUCUGCUAUGGCACUCAGUCUUGCAGGUAUUACGAAGCCUAGCGUACCGGCAAUUCCCAUUUCAAGCUCGGUCAAUAUCAAACCACCUACUGUAGUGUCAUUCAAUAGUGCAGCAGACACUAGACCUACAUUAACUGGUGGAGCAGCUAACUCGCUUAGUAUUUUGUGGGACACUCCUGCAAUUACAAAAUUGCCUACAUUUGAUCUUGAGGGUGGUAUGUCUACUAUAGACAAUGGACGAGUUUUGAACAAGAGGAAGUUACAAGAUAUUAUUAGUACUGUUGGAGUUGAUGAAGGCGAUGGCAAGACGCUUAUUGAUGGAAAUGUUGAAGAGUUGCUCUUGGAUUUGGCCGAUGAGUUUAUUUAUUCAGUGACAAGCUUUGCUUGUAGAUUAGCAAAACACCGAAAAGUGGAUAGUUUAGACGCCAAGGAUGUCCAGUUACAUUUGGAAAAGAACUGGAAUAUCAAGAUUCCAGGUUACGCAAUGGACGAGAUUAGAAGUUCGCGAAAGAUUCAGCCUAGCUCAAGUUAUAAUCAGAAGGUGCAAGGUGUGGAGAUUUCCAAAGCUAUUAGUGAUGAUAUUUAA